GAUGUAGCAGGUCUAGUUGUCAGAAGCAACGUAAACAUGUCGGGUCUGCUGGAACCAACUUUGUACAUCAUCAAGGGCAUUGCCAUCCUUGACAAUGAUGGGAACAGGUUGCUCGCAAAGUACUACGACCCAAACGUCUUCCCAACAGUAAAGGAAGAGAAGAAAUUUGAAAAGAAUCUCUUCCAGAAAACACACAGAGCCAAUGCAGAGGUCAUCAUGCUCGAUCGUCUUACCUGUGUCUACCGCUCAAAUGUUGACCUAUUCUUUUAUGUCAUGGGCUACUCACAUGAAAAUGAGCUCAUAUUGGUGUCAGUGUUGAGUUGUCUCUAUGACGCAGUCUCGGCUAUCUUGAGAAAAAAUGUUGAAAAGCGGACCCUGUUAGACAACCUUGACAUUAUUAUGUUGGCUGUAGAUGAGAUCUGUGAUGGAGGGAUUCCUUUGGAGACCGACGCACAAGUUGUUAGUCAGCGUGUAGCACUAAGGCUGGAGGAGAGCCCAUUCAACGACCAGACUGUCACACAGCAAGUGCGCCAGAAACUCGAGUCCACAACAGGCGCGGUUCUUCAGUCUGCCCGUGAACAGCUGAAGUGGUCGCUGCUCAAGUGAUGAAGAGACCGCCAGAGGAAAAAUUGAAGAGAACCAUAUGGAUAUGAAUGUGUAUAUUCCUUUGGUCUAGUUAUUUUGACUUAUAGAUUUAUGGGGUGUUUUAAGUGGCUGUAUUCUUUAUAAGGAGUUAUGUUGUUAUUGAAGAAUGUGUUUGUUGAUUUCACUUUCAUGAAGGUAGAAGGAAAAGGCAGGUAGAGACAUUUGAGAAAGAUGUGACAUUGCCUAUAAUUUUUAUGUAUUAUAUUUAUUUUCUUUAUGAAUAUAAUUUUAGUAUGAUUUCCCUUCUUCCUCACCAUAUGAACUUAAAUACAUUAGAUAUAUAAUAGUGAUGAUGUGGAUACAUUACUGGCGUGAAAUUUGUAGUUCAAACAUUAAAACUUUAGUUGUAGGAACUAGUAUUUCAUGUUAUGCAGAAAAAUCUUGUUUACUGAAAAUAUUUAUAUCAACAUCUUUACAGAAAAGAACACCUUAAUAUAAUAAAAAAUAAACCAGUGAAACCAUGUUUUAGAAGGAUGUUUAUAAAAUCUGUCAAGUAAAAUUUUCUACAAAAUCAAUUUGUUGUUUUUACCAUGUAGUUGUAUAGCUGUAGAGUAUAUCAUAUGUUGGAAAGUAAACAGGCUGUUCAAGUAGCACUAGAAUGAACAAAGUGUGGCAGUGACAGAACCAAGUGCUAAAGGGAGCAAAGUUGCUGUCCAAUUGUUACGGUUAACCCAUUGGAUCUGGUUGCAGCACGGCAGGCAAAUCACAAAAAAUCCAGGUGUUAGGCUUACAUGAGCGCUGCUCUGCCAUGUACGCAUAAACACUUGUGCAGUGGCAUGAUUCUCUGCCUCCUAUUUGCAAAGUUAUUUACUCCUUUUAGGCAUAUGCAUUUUUAGCUUUUUGGUCAUUUUCCAAAGGCCAUAUAUGCAUUAUCCAGAUGGUAAUUUUUUUUUUUUUUUUUUUUUUUUUUUUUUGUAAUAUUCAAUUCUCUGUAAAACAACCUGUUUUGCCACUUGUGGCACCAGGAAUACAAUGCUGAGCUUUGUAUUCAGCUCAUGGACAUUUCAUUCCACACACAUACAUCAAUGGGAAUAAUGCAAAAUUGCCAAAUAAGUAAAAAAAAAAAAUAAUAAUAAUAAUUCAUGAUGUGAUAGUCAUGUCACCCAGAUCCAAGGGGUUAACGGCCAACUGUAUGUUAAAUAGCUCACAAGGGAGGAAGGUAGAAUACCUCUUAUGUAUCAGAACACUUAAAUUACCAGGUUAAUGAGAUAGCCAUAGGACAGAAUUUUUGUGAGGACACUGUUAGAGGACAGUAUGAGCCACAUCUGCCCAAAAUCUGGCAAGUAUCUUCUUGUUGCUCAUUUUUAAAGAUUCAGAUGGAAACAUUACAUAGCAAUUUAAAGAAUUAAGUUGUAAGAAUAAAAAAUCUUGCAAUUUGACAAAUAUCAAGUAUGUAAAACUUUUCCUGAACAAUACACUUCCAGCUGAAUAAAUGCUUCCUCAGAC